AUGGCGGACGGGGACGACGAGGUGCCGGCCGGCUUCGGCGGCGCGGCGGCCGUCGCUGUCCCCCCUCCCAAGGAAGGCGAUGACAAGGAGGAGAAGAAAGGCGAGGUGGCUGACGAGCAGGCGGACAAGCUCGCCGCUGAGCUGGAGCAGGGCGCCAAGGUCGACGAGGGCGAGAACGCCCCCGACGCGCCUGACCUGAGCCUGAGGCUGAGCAACCAGCUGGUCAACCCAGAGACUGAGAUCAAGUCCAUCACACAGGACGCCAUAUAUUCGAGCGCCCAAAGGUUUGAGGACCUGCCGCUGUCACCGGAGCUGCUGCAGGGCCUGUACAGCGAGAUGAAGUUUGACCACCCCAGCAGCAUCCAGGCCUCCACCCUGCCCAUGAUCCUGCAGCCGGACCAGCAGGGGCAGUACAGGGACCUCAUAGCACAGGCCCACAACGGCAGCGGCAAGACCACCUGCUUUGUGCUGGCCAUGCUGAGCAGGGUCGACCCCGCACUGCAGGUGCCCCAGGCGCUCUGCAUGUGCCCCACGCGCGAGCUGGUGCUGCAGAACCUCCACGUGCUACGCCGCAUGGCCAAAUAUACCACCAUCAAGGCUGUCAGCACGGCCGACGAGGGCGGCGGCGGCGGCGGGCCUGGCGGGCGCCGCGUCGCGCGGCGAGCCAAGCUUACGGAGCAGGUGGUCAUCGGCACCCACGGCCGCUGCAAGAACUGGGUGAGCUGCAACCAGGCCCUGCGCUGCUGCCGGCUUGUUCUGGGACGAGGGCGGGGGAUGGGGGAUGGUUGA